UCAACUCGAUAUUCGCUAGAGAUGCAUGAUAUUUACGCUUAGUAAUCUGGUUAUCGCUAAUUUCUCAUAAUAUCAAGCAUGAAAACUGCAUCUCUGAUCCUAUUCAUCAAAGGAUUGUUUGUUACGGCGUGUGCAUCAAAAGGAUGCAAGAAAAUGGAUAUGAGAGAUAUCCAUUCAGGAAAACAGCUCAAAGACCACAUCGUUUCCAACUUCACUGGACUGACCGAAAGAAACUGCAAAGUCAAAUGCUUCCUUAGUGACGUAUGCCAAUCAAUCAACUACAACUCGUCUACAACAUCCGCAUAAUUUUGUAAAUGAUACAGAGAGUACUUAUCAUGGAACAGAGACUGAUUGUCUUCCUGGUUCGUGCCCGGAUGAUAAGCUGUGCAAGGCCAAUUUCACGGAUGGUGGUUUUUCGUGUGUGUGUCCAGCUGCAUCAACAAUAUGCGCGAUGCCUUGCGCUUCAAACCCUUGUAAAAACGGCGGCUCGUGCACUGACAAAUCCGACGGUCUGAACUACACAUGUGCCUGCAGAAUGGGAUAUGAGGGGGAAAUCUGUGAGAAAGUCCUACCAACGAGCUGCGCUGACAUCCUCUCUGCUGGGGGCACCACGAGCCGUGUUUACGAGGUGAAUCCCGACGGUCAGGGGGCAUUCCAGGUCUUUUGUGACCAGGAAACCCUUGGGGGUGGCUGGACCGUGUUCCAGAGACGCCAAGAUGGCUCCGUGGACUUCUACCGAAACUGGACCGAGUACAAAAACGGGUUUGGUGACCUCCAGGGAGAGCAUUGGCUAGGACUGGACCGAAUCCACAGGCUGACCAAUGCAGUCGCUAACGAGCUGAGAGUGGACAUGGUGGCCGACGCUGGAGAGACGGCGCAUGCUCAGUACGGUCACUUUUCAGUCGCGGCCGAGUCCGACAAAUAUCGACUGAGUGUGGGCGGUUACAAUGGUAGUGCUGGGGACUCUUUUGCCUAUCAUAACAAUGCCGCAUUCUCUACGAAGGACCAAGACAAUGAUGAUAACACUGAUGUUUCCUGUGCUGUGGAUUACAAGGGGGCGUGGUGGUACGAGAGUUGUCAUCAUUCAAACCUGAACGGCAUUUACUUUAUUAAUAGCAAUAGUCCCUAUGCACAAGGAAUCAAUUGGAUGCAUUGGAAGGGUCAUUACUAUUCACUUAAGCGAACUGAGAUGAAGAUACGGCCUAAAGGAUCUGCUCCAUGAAAAGCUGCUUAGAAACAGAAAAAAGAAAAAAAAAAUAUGUCUUAUAGUUAGCGAUGGGGCUGAAAAAUAAGCAGUGCUUGAGAGAAUGUGUUUUUGGCUUAUAUCAAAAAGGGCAAGAGUUUUAUCCAUCAUAAAAACAAUUCUUUCAUUUUGAAAGAUCAGAAUAUUUAUUUUAACCAGAUUUACGUCAAACUUCUACACUAAACUUGAUCCUUAUCUACCCGUGUUCAGAUCUAAAACUAACCAUUCUGUUAUCUGCUUAUCCAAAAUGCUUAGACAUGUAAAAUGGUAGACCUUUUACUAUAGGCAAAUUAAUAUAGGGGCUGUAGCCCCUUUCAUAGGAUGCCUGUGGUACUGAUAGCGGCGCACUUGAGCUAUUGUGAAUGAAUUAACCAAAAAAAAUCAACUCAACGCCUUAUUGCUAGUGUCCUCGAUACCUCACGUCCAAAGCCUUCGUUUGCCUUCGAUUAACUUAACCUUUCCGCGAAAUUCAGAGCAUGUUUUACAGUUUCGCCCUCACUCGACAAUGGCGGCAGGAUUCAAGCCAAAUGUAGCUAAAACUCAGACAAGCUCCAGUUCAAGCAGCAAGGUGAAGUUCUUUGGCCACACCCCGACGACAGAGGGAAUAGUUUCCACUGCUGACAAGC